CGGGCCGGGAGCGGAGCGGGAUGAGGCCCGGCCGCUGAAGGGAGCAGGCCCGUUAGGCCUCCGCCAAUGCUGGGGCCACGGCGGGGAUGGCAGGCCCUCCGCCGCUGCGUCUCCUUGCCUCGGGCGCAGCGGGAGGUGCGGCUGCGGGUCCGGGAGGCGCUGGGGGCCCGGGAACCGGCUGGCGAGGUUAAAGUGCAGGGCUGGGUCCGCUCUGUCCGAUCCCAGAAGGAAGUUUUGUUCCUGCAUAUAAACGAUGGAAGUUCUCUGGAAAACCUCCAGGUGGUUGCUGAUCCCAGCCUGGAAAAUAGAGAUCUGACUUUUGGAAGCGCAGUAGAAGUGCGAGGGAAACUGGUCAAAAGUCCUCAUAGGAUGCAAAACGUGGAGCUGAAAGCUGAAACCAUCCGUGUGGUGGGACCUUGUGAUACUUUGGCAUUCCCUCUGAAAACGAAGGAGAGGCACCCACUGGAGUAUGUCCGACAGUUCCCUCACCUGCGAUGCAGAAACAAUACACUCGGCUCCCUCUUGAGAAUCCGCAGUGAAGCCACUGCAGCCAUCCACUCAUUCUUCCAGGAUAAUGGCUACGUGCAUAUUCAUACCCCCAUAAUUACAUCAAAUGACUGUGAAGGUGCUGGGGAACUCUUUCAAAUUGAGACAUCAAAUGAGGCAAGGGAACCUGCAGAAAAGACCCAUUUCUUCGAUGUGCCUGCCUUCCUGACAGUUUCUGGCCAACUCCAUUUGGAAGUGAUGGCGGGGGCUUUUACCCAUGUGUUCACCUUUGGCCCGACGUUCCGAGCAGAAAACUCGCAGAGUCGCCGGCACCUGGCGGAGUUCUAUAUGGUGGAGGCUGAGCUGUCUUUCACUGAAAGCCUCGAAGACAUCAUGCAGGUUAUGGAAGAUCUUUUCAAGACAGUGACAAGCACUGUGUUCUCCAAAUGUCCUCGUGAUGUUGAGCUUUUUCAUAAAUACAUAGCUCCUGCCCAGAAGGACAGGUUGGCAAAAACACUGAAGAACAAAUUUGUGAUAAUUUCCUACAAUGAAGCAAUGGAAAUUUUGAAGCAAGCUUCUCAAACUUUCACUUUCAAGCCAGAGUGGGGCUGUGACCUCCAAACGGAACAUGAAAAGUACCUGGUGAAGCACUGUGGAGAGGUUCCCGUGUUUGUGAUUAACUACCCAUAUGACCUCAAACCUUUCUACAUGCGGGACAAUGAAGAUGGACCUCAACAUACAGUUGCAGCUGUUGAUCUCCUUGUACCAGGAAUAGGCGAGUUGUGUGGAGGCAGCUUGAGAGAGGAGCGACUGCCCUUCCUUGAAUCACGCUUACAGAGAUUAGGACUCACAGAUGCCUACCAAUGGUAUCUAGACCUCCGAAAAUUCGGCUCAGUUCCUCAUGGAGGCUUCGGAAUGGGAUUUGAACGCUACCUGCAGUACAUCUUGGGAGUUGAGAGUAUCAAAGAUGUUAUUCCUUUCCCCAGGUUUUCUCACUCCUGUCUCCUGUAGCUCAGCAGUUGACUCACGUGGAGAAAACUGCUAGUGUGAUGAUAUGUAUAUAACGUAUUAGGAUAUGACUAAGUGUGUUUUAAUAGGAAAUCGAGAUAAUUUUUAUAUCAGUGAAACUCUUGGUAAAUUUAAUACUGGCUUAUUGAAAAAUAAUAUUUGUCCUGGUGAGAUGAUGGAAGCACACUUGGCGGUUAAUUUCAUAGCAGUUCACGUCUUCAGUGCGCUGCAGGAGUACUAAUAAAUCCCACUUAACUAAAGGGUUAAGAUUCUCGUGAGACUAGUACAAGCCAUGGAAGUACUGAAUAAGUGUUGUUGGGAGGUAGUGGGGGUUUUAUGUGAAAUAUUAAUAAGGAGGUGUGACCUAAAAUGGACUGGGAGCCAGGACUGCUGUGAGGCUUUAAUAGGCUUUAAUUAAAUGCCUGCACAGUGCUUUGAAGAUUGAGUGUUAUAAAAUUGUGAAGUAUUGUCAUGGCUUUGAUGCACUUGCUCUUACGAAAUGGCUACUGUAAAGCAUGAUUCUCCCCACCCUGAGUUAGAAACAAAUAUUGUUUACCUUGGAAAAAUCAGUCAAACCUAGCAAGGAAAAAUGUGAUAUCGGAACUGCUGGAGUGAAUUAGGUGAAUGAUGUUUGAUUUUGUGAAUCAUCAAUAAAGAUGUACAC